GUCAAAAUUAGCUGCCAACCUUUGAAUAUGUAGAAGAAAUAAAUUCAGCAAACCUUUGGUACUGUUUUGAUCUGCUCCCCAUAUUAUUGUAUAUAUAUAAGUGUGUUGUGAGAAACCAAAAUGAAACAAGUACUACCGGGAGAUAUAGUGGCUGCAAAGGCAAACAUGAUUCCAAUCAUAAGCAAGAUGUACUGCUCCUCUUCCAAGGUUCUCCUUAUUGUUAGGAAGAGGCCUCAUGUAAUAAGUGGUGGAGGUUUUGUGGUGACAGAUUAUAGUCAGAAGGUGAUUUUCAGGGUUGAUGGCUGUGGAAUUCUUGGCAGAAAAGAGGAGCUGAUUCUCAGAGAUGGUGGCGGAGAUGCUUUGCUACUCAUCCGCCGAAAGAAGCAGGCGGCAAUGGUUGAGGUUUUGAGCCUUUAUAAGAAUUGGAGGGGUUACACUUCUGACUACGAAGGAUCUCAAAAGUUGGUUUUCAGCUUAAAAGAACCCAACUCAUUUUUGGUAAAGAACAAUGUAAUGAGGAUCUCCACAGAACCCAGGGUAAGCAAGAAAGACUGGGACUUUGAGAUCAAAGGCUAUUUCCCUGAUAGAGAUUGUAGCAUCGUCGACACCAAAGGCAACAUAGUAGCGCAGAUGGCCGGAGGCAAGAAGGAGGUGCCGGGGUUGAUGACAAGCAAUGAUCUGUACCAUGUGGUGGUGCAACCAGGCAUUGAUCAAGCUUUUGUGUUUGGUGUGAUUGCUAUUCUCGACUAUAUAUACGGUGAAUCUACGAGGUGCUGAUUUGAUUUAGAAAUUUUACAGAGAAGAUGGAUGUAUAUAGUUCCUUUCGUCCAGUUAGAAAUAAAGAAGAGUGGUUUACGUGUAAUAUGAGUUGUAUAUAGUCUCAAAGUAUGUUGUACAGCUGGAAUAUUGUUUGUAUUUCAUUAAAUAAUUGUAAUAGUAUAAAUUCUUGGUAAAUAGUAACUAUCGAGAGAUUUGGAAGACAAUAUUUCCUUUUAUUUUCUUC